AUGUGCGCCAAUUUAGCUCAUCCAAUCGAUGACGAUGAAAUUUACACACCCACUCACAAUGCCCUGUCUGGUCAAACAGUCUCUUCCAUGUACAAGCUUAAAGAUAUUGACAACCAUGAUGGCGCCUUCUUUAUCUUUGGUGAUCUCUCUGUCAAGGUGGAAGGAAACUUUCGGUUAAAGCUUUCGUUAUUUGAAAUUACUUCUACAGGUGCUGUCUGCCUCCAACACUUAUUCACUGGUCCAUUUACUGUUUACGCUACCAAAAAGUUCCCCGGUAUGCUUGACUCUACCUUCCUGUCAAGAUCUUUCUCUGACCAGGGUGCUCGUAUCAGAAUUCGUAAAGAAAACCGUGCCCAAGUGUAA